AUGGAUGAACACUUAGGGCACAUUCUGCUCUCUAGAAGCGACAAUGAGGGCGCAUCUCGAGGGCAGACGGCCAUGGUGGUAACAGCGGUGCUCACUGGAAUAUCGACUGUGAUUGUAGCGAUGCGCAUUUACACCAGAAUUGGAUUGAUAAAAUUAAGUGGCCGAGAGGAUUGGACUAUUCUAGUUUCUUUGGCCUUUUCAAUUGCCUAUCUCGGUUUCGUUGUAGCACAAUACCGCCUUGGCUUAGGAAGGCAUUCCUAUGAUAUACCGGAGCAUGAGUUCAAGCAGCAGUUAAAGCAUCUAUGGGUUGCAAUCCCCAUAUAUAAUGCAAGCCUAGCAUUCACCAAAAUAUCCCUACUCUUCCAAUAUUUGCGCAUUUUCCCCAGCUACCGGUUCUGUAUCAUAUGCUACAUUGUUCUGGGGGUAGUGAUUUUAUACGCAACAUGGGCAAUUGUCAGCGGGUUCGUCAACUGCGUGCCCGUGGCCAAAUUCUGGGACCGAAAGAUCUCGGGUACCUGCCUCUCCUUCGAGGCUGUUUGGUUCUUCAACGCUUCGAUGAAUAUCGCCACUGAUCUCACUCUUCUCAUCCUACCGAUGCCUCUCUUAUCGCAACUGCAUCUUCCUCGUCGACAGAAGGUUGCACUCCUGGGCGUAUUCGCACUUGGUGCACUUGUCGUGAUCACUAGUAUUCUUCGUCUUUUUAGCCUACGUAGCGUAGCGAAAAGCAUCGACACGUCUUGGAGCAACGCUACCGCAGCCUACUGGACUGCAGCCGAAUGUAACGUCGCGAUAAUAUGUGCCUGUCUGCCAUUCCUCCGCCCGCUCGUCAGCCGCAUCUGCCCUAAGUUCCUCUCUACAGACAGCUACAAUAAGAACAAACCCACGCGUAAUGCAACACGUACGACUGCUCCACGCUCAGCGCGCCUUAGAACCUCGGAUCCAGAUGUCUAUUCCCAAGACCUAGAGCUUGGUCUGCGCAGUAUCGACACAGAUAUCGGACUCGCCGUCGGAAACAGAGCUGGACUUGAACCGACAACCGCUGUUAAGGAUGGGAGCUUUGAUGACAGUGAAAUUCAGGUUACGACUGAGAUGGUUCAAGAAGUGAAGACGGCAUCUGUUUGUGGGGAUACCCAUGGCGCGGAGACCAGCCAGACCAGACUGGUAUAA